AUGGACUCCCACGAACGGAGGGAGGCCUCCGGGCCAUUUGCGCAGCCGAAACAAUUCGUGUUAUGUUUUGAUGGGACGGGGAAUAAAUUUGCGGGCGAUGAGUCGGAUACGAAUCUCGUGAAGAUUUAUCGCAUGCUUGAUCGCAGCCAAAGCCACCAAUACCACUACUACCAACCCGGCAUAGGGACAUAUGUGACAUCACAUUCACUAGGCAGCAAAGGACGAAUCGAGCGCAUCAAAUCCUCAUACAAAAAAGCCAAGGAUGCAGCGCUGGGAUCCUCGUUCGACGAACACGUUCUCGGCGGAUACAAGUUCCUGAUGCGAUACUAUGCCCCUGGCGACGACAUUUGCUUCUUCGGUUUCAGUCGAGGCUCGUACACGGCACGUUUUCUCGCAGAGAUGCUCGAUUACAUCGGUCUACUUCAGCCCGGGAAUGAGGAACUGGUACGAUUUGCAUGGAAGACUUUUGCGAAAUGGCAGCAGCAGAAAAGUGGCACAGAGCGGGAUGAUAAAGAGAGGCAUAAGCUGUUUCGGUUCAUGAAGGCGUUCCGGGAGACGUUUAGCAGGCCGGUGAGCCGGAUUAAAUUCAUGGGACUGUUCGAUACGGUGAACAGUGUGCCGAUGUUUGAGAAUGCUUGGAUGGAGAGGAGCAAGUUUCCUUAUACGGCGCAGACAACGGCUCGUGUUAUUCGGCAUGCUGUUUCGAUUGAUGAACGGCGAGCGAAGUUUCGGCAGGAUUUGAUAUCUGAGGUUAGACCUGUUGCGCAUGGUCAUUUGCAUUCACAUCGAUUGAGGCAUUUGCUGUCAAGGGAGGAUCAUGAAAAGACCAAAGUCCCUGAGAUUGUUUUGCCCGAAAAUGAUCAUGAUGCUGGGAGAGAAGGGCGUCGCAGGCCUGGAUCUGGGAAUGGGACAGACGAAUUCAGAUAUCGUGCCCCGUCGUCGUCGCCAAUGCGCAAAGGAAGUUCCGAAUUACCCAGAACCAAUGCCUAUUUGUCUGAGCAUCACUCAGUGAAGAGUGCAAUCUUCAGAACAUCCCUUCGAGUCCCAAGCCUAAACAUUCCGGGCAACGGAGAAGAAGAGCAGGGCGAGCAGGAUAUCUCAGAAGUCUGGUUCCCAGGCCAACACGGCGAUGUCGGAGGUGGUUGGAAACUCAACCCAGAAGAUCCCUGGCCACUUAGCCAUAUACCGCUGGUAUGGAUGGUCAAAGAAGCGCAAGCUGCCGGACUGGAAUUCGACCCCGAAAAACUAAAACGCUUCAAUUGCUACGAGGAAUACCCCAGCACAAGCGAGGCACUCAAAGAAACCAUAGUACCCAACAGCCUCGCAGCACAUAAUCAAACCAACCCCCACCGACAAACCGACAAAUUCAACGAAGCCCUUACCCAUACCAUGAACCAGGGCACUGCCCACGACUGUCUCACAUACGGCGGCGGCCUUUCAUUCUUCUCAACACUGUCAUGGCGAAUAAUGGAGUACCUACCUUUCCGACGAAUGGAUCUCCAACCUGAUGGAACGUGGAAGCCGAUUCGCUGGCCUCUUCCAUGCGGAGAAGUGCGUGAUAUCCCUGAAGGUGCACAGAUUCACAUCUCGGCCGUUCAUAAGCUGCGAAUUGACCCGAAUUACCGACCGGGGAAUUUGAUAGUUGGAGGUGGUGGGCGUGGAGUUAAGCGUGCACCGGAGAAAUAUGGUAUUGGGGAAUGGGAGGUUUGUAAACAUGAGGGCGAUCUGGUGCGACAGACUUAUAUUCGGAAGAGUUCGAGGAUUCCCGCAGAGUCGAUUUGUCAGGAUGAUCAUGCUGCGGAUGUAUAG